UGUUUUUUUUUCUAAAUAAAACAAUUGCAUGAAGAUGAUGAGUCGCAAGCUAGCCAUGCCUCUGCUGGGGGUGCUGCUCUGGGUGAUCUCCAUCCACGCAGGUACCUUCGAAACGGCUACGCUACUACCCCCUCCCUUAACAGGUACAAGCCGCACUUAUACCCCUUUUAUCAUAGACCCUAUAUACCAGCGUGUGUUUAUGUUUUGAUUUGUUUUAAAUUCGAUUCAAAAGUCAAAAAAUAAGCACACACGCAAACUGGAGAGCAAAUAAAAAUCAGCUAAAAGAAAUACAAAAAGCUGGUAACGUUUGAUUGUUAAUUUUGUCUAGUGUUACAACCGUUCUCUUUUAGGUUGUUUAAAAAUCACAGAAUUUUUCUAGUUCUGUGCUUAUUAAUGGAAUACAAUUUAUUUGUAUGCAAACAAAGGAUUUUAUCCUGUUUGUGAUUUUGUAAAUUGAGGCUUCGGGCCGAGCAAAUCCAUCAUCCGAAACCAUUGCGAUGUCCCAAAAAUCACCGAAAAAGAUCUCAAUCGUUCGGUUUCAUUCGGAAACAGCGUAAUCAACCGAAUGCUUCGACUCGAAACAAACCUGGGAUGGUCCGACGUCCAUGUCAAGAAAGGUACGCCAUCUUACGGCCAACUCAUCGCAUCGCAUCCCGACGAAGAGGCCUUAAAGCAAGGCCGCGAUGCUUUGGUCGCCACUAAGGCCACCAUCCAACUCAUGAACAUAUUCUGCCACAAGCACCAUUUGAGCCCUACCGACUGCUCUAAGUACAUCAGUUCGUACUCCCUCGCGUCCACACCGCUCGAGUCCUCGUGUCAAAAACAACACAAGUCGUGUUCCCAAGAGGAACUCCUCUCGCCGUACCGUUCCUUUGAUGGUUCUUGCAACAAUGAGCAUGAUAGCCCCCGAGGGGCGGCUUUCACCGCCUACCGGAGACUCCUCCAAGCCGAGUACUUGGACGGGAUCCAAGAACCCCGACGCGCUGUUAACAAAAAACAACUACCAUCGGCCCGCCUUGUUAGUAGUACCUUGAUCAAGGAGACCGAUGAAAGUCAUUCCGAUUUGACUCAAGCGGUCGCUCAAUGGAGCGAAUUUAUUGAACACGACUUGAGUCACACAGCUGCGAAUAAGAUGGUUCACAGUGAUAGUACCAUUGAGUGCUGUACAUCGAGUGGUAAUCACUUGUCGCCACGGUACAUUCAUCCGUUUUGUGCCCCCAUUUCGGUACCAAACGAUGAUAGGUUCUACGCCCAGCAUGGUGUGGACUGCAUGUCUUAUGUUCGCUCGAUAACAGCCUUCCGUCCCGAUUGCACUUUUGGUCCUUUAGAACAAGUCAAUCAAGCCACCCAUUUCCUGGAUUUCUCACAAAUGUAUGGUACCACUGGGAAGAAAGCGGCCAUUUUGCGCACUUUUGACGAAGGCCAACUCGAUUUUACCACCAAACAUAACAAAGUUUUUCUUCCGGUCUCCCAUCAUCCAAGCGAUGAUUGUCAAUUGAGUGGUGACAAUUCUGUUUGUUUUCUUUCGGGGGAUUCGAGGGUUAAUAUCCAACCCCAGGUGACUGCGAUGCAUACAGUGUGGCUCAGAGAACACAAUCGAGUUGCUAAAGUCUUGUCUGAGCUUAAUCCAGCCUGGGAUGAUGAAACUCUCUUCCAAGAAACGAGGAAAAUUGUAACCGCAGAAAUGCAACAUAUCACUUAUCAUGAAUGGUUACCGCUUGUUUUUGGCAAACAUUACUUUAAUAAAAUUCAAAAGUAUAACAAUUAUGAUGAAAAUGUUAAUCCUUCGGUGAGUAAUGCUUUCGCAACGGCGGCUGUCAGAGCUUUGAAUUCGCUCAAGGAUGGAAAGUUGAAUGUGUAUAAAGAGGAUCGUCUAGUCAAUACUUCGAUCAAUUUACGUAACCACUUCAACAAACCUAGUGUUGUUGAAGAGCCUGACUAUUUGGAUGGCUUAGUUCGAGGCAUGGCCACGCAAUCUAGUCAACAGCUGGAUCUCAAAUUUCCAGAUGACAUAUCAACUCAUUUAUUCUCGAAUGGCAUCUUCGGCUACGACAUCUUCAGUCUAGACAUCCAGCGGGGGCGCGACCACGGUUUGCCCCCUUACACCGCCUACCGCGCUUUAUGCGGCCUCCCCGAAGUCACCCAAUUCAAAGACCUCUCCGACGUCAUGUCACCCGAAGUCAUCGAAUCCCUAUCACGUGUCUACAACAGCCCACGUGACAUUGAUUUAAUCGUCGGUGGAAUUGCCGAAAAACAAACCGGGGAUUCCCUCUUCGGUCCCACAUUUACCUGCAUCGUCGCUGACCAGUUUUUGCGAACAAGGCGUGGCGAUCGCUACUUUUACACCAAUGAGAAUCAACCGGCGCCUUUUAGCAUCGCCCAAUUACGAGAAAUUGAAAAAGUCACUCUGGCGAGGAUUUUUUGCGAUAAUGGGGAUGAUAUCGAGAUGAUGCAACCGGAGGUGUUCAAGAGGAUUAGCGAUAGUAACAGACUGAUGAAAUGCGAUUCCGGAGAGAUUCCAAAAGUCAAUUUGAAGAUGUGGAUGGAUAGUAGGAGGAAAUACUAUUAGUGCCUUAAGACAUUAAGGUAGCAUCAGUUCAAGACUGAUUUAUUAUGGCUGUUUCAUUAGAUUUUAAGUUUUUUUAUGAGAAAGGAAAUUUCUUAAUUUACUGAGAAUUAGUUACAUAUCUUUAGUAACAGUAUUUAUUUCAUAUUGUAUAGUGACACAAAUUUUGUAAUGCUCAGUACAUAAAAAUUGUGCAAUUCUAUUUAUUGUAAAAUGUAACAUAUUCUUAAGUUUUUUCUUAAGUCAAACUAUAUUAGUUUGACUUUUAUCUAGUAUAGAACAAUUUUAUAUCGAUGUAAAAAUUAUAUUGUACAAUAUUACGUUUUCUACGUGGUGGAACAACAAAAUAAAAUUAUUA